AUGGCCGAUGCUCCCGUGUACAAUGCCUCCGAACCAAGCGGUGGCGACCCCUUGACGGUCGACGUCAACGCCCAAUUCGUCGGCUACGAAUGGAACUAUACCUACAUUGUCUUCUGUGGAUUCAUCGUCUGGCUGAUCAUUCCCGGCAUUGGUCUGCUUUACAGCGGCCUGGCUCGACGAAAGUCCGCAUUGGCGUUGCUUUUCCAAUCGCUCAUGAUUGUAGCCGUAACAACCUUCCAAUGGAUAUUCUGGGGUUAUUCUCUAGCAUAUUCCCGCGACGCUAGUCCCUUCAUCGGGAAUCUCAAGAAUUUCGGCUUGAAAAAUGUCAUGGCAGCUCCGUCGCCAGGGUCAGCAGUUCUGCCAGAGAUCGUGUUCUGCUUCUACCAACUUCUGUUCUGCGCAUGCACGGUGAUGAUCGUUGUGGGCGGCGCAUUUGAACGAGGGAAUAUGCUUCCUUCGCUGGUCUUCAGCUUCUGCUGGGCCACCGUAGUCUACUGCCCCGUGGCCUGCUGGACGUGGAACAGCAAUGGAUGGCUGUACAAUUUACCCUCUCUUGACUUUGCUGGCGGCGGCCCUGUUCAUAUCGCGUCGGGUUGGUCUGCCCUUGCCUACGCCUUGGUUCUGGGGAAGCGAAAGCAUGUCGAUGAGACAUCGCAUGGAAAGCCUCACAACACCACGCUCGUCUUCCUUGGGACAACGUUGAUCUGGUUUGGAUGGUUCGGAUUCAACGGAGGUUCGGCCCUCAACGCAAGUGUCAGAGCUAUGUUAGCAGCAUUCAACACCAAUACGGCGGCGUGCACGGGCGUCCUUGGCUGGGUGUUAGUGGACUCGAUCAAGAACCGUGGAAAAUUCUCCGUGGUCGGCGCCUGCGAGGGAGCGAUUGCUGGAUUGGUUGGGAUUACCCCAGCUGCCGGCUUUGUCUCCGUGUGGCUUGCAGCGUGUAUUGGGCUCCUUACCAGUAUCGUCUGCGCGUUACUUCAAGACAUCAACAAUUGGUUACAUAUCGACGAGGGGAUGGAUGUGUUUAAGCUGCACGGCAUUGGUGGUAUGGUCGGGGCCUUUUUGACGGGCAUUUUUGCGUCGCAGUCGGUUGCGGCCUUGGAUGGCGCGACCGAAGCCACCGGUGGCAUCGACGGGAACGGGAUGCAGGUUGGGAAACAAUUGGCGGAGGUGUGUGCGAUCUCUGCAUAUGCAUUCACGGUGUCCUGCAUCUUACUCUAUAUUUUGAAAUGGAUUCCCGGGAUGCAGUUGCGAGUUCACGAGGAGACCGAGAUGAUUGGCCUGGACCGGGCGCAAUUCCUCGACGAGCAGAUUGGGGAACGAGCAUUUCUGGACGAGCUGUUUGCGUCUUCCGCGUCGACACCAGCCCAUGCGAGCGUGGUGAAUGAGUCUCUUGGCAAUUCCCCAGGGUCCAAGGAUCUGAAGAACUAG